CCGGCGAAUUUAUUUUGCGUUUACUUUUAAAAUAAAAAAGAUAAAUAAAUAGAUAAGCGGUGUGAAUGUGCGGUGUAACGUUGAUUUCUGUCCGCGGUCUCUCACGUGUCCUUCAGUCCGCUGAAGGAGCUUCACGUUAAACAUCGUCCUCAGACUCUGAAUCGGAAUCAUGGCGAUGCAGGUGACUGAAUCCGAUCAGAUCAAACAGUUUAAGGAGUUUCUGGGGACGUACAACAAGGUGACGGAGAACUGCUUCAUGGACUGCGUCAGAGACUUCACCACCAGGGAGGUGAAGCCAGAGGAGUCGAGCUGCUCCGAGUCGUGUCUCCAGAAGUAUCUAAAGAUGACUCAGCGGAUCUCGAUGCGGUUCCAGGAGUACCACAUCCAGCAGAACGAGGCUCUGGCUGCUAAAGCCGGACUGCUGGGACAACCUCGCUGAACCGCACUGAACUGGUCUGAUGUGGACUCAUAACACAGCCCCUGCAGGCGGCUCCUGGUCCAGCAGGUCCAGGAUGUUGGCUGAGUAAAGACUGAACUGUUCAUCUGUCUGAAGCCGAGCUGAAGCACUGCUCUGUCUCAGAGCAUCAUGGGAGAUGUAGUGUAAAACAGGAGGGCAGAUGUGUUUAACUCGUGGACACAAACUGUUGAGGUGUCCUUUAAUGUUGGUAUUUAAUUUUUCAGUUUUAUGUUGAAAUAUUUUAUUAAACAUCGUGAACAUGUUUUUUUCUUAAUGUGUGGAAAUAAAAAAUCUAAUGUUACAGUAAAUAAAAAAUUCAGAAGUAACUACAA